AUGAAGGGCAUGUGGGGAGUUACUCUCCUCGCGAGCACUUCGCUCGCUCAGGCGAUAUCGACCGCAUCACUCACAGAAGCAGCAACUACGGUGGUGGCCACGGCCAAUUCGGCACCUUCGUUAUUCCAAAAUGAGGAAGUGCAGUUGACCGAAGGUGUCCUCUCUGAUGUGUCGGCGGCAUUGCAGAAUAGCACGGUCGCUAACAUGUUCGCAUUUGCGAGCAACUCCACGGUACUCAAGAGGAGUGCUCAUCGUAGCUGCAAGCUAAUGCCCGGGGACUCCUGGUGGCCGGUGGCUCCAAUUUGGGACAUCUUCGAUAUCUUGCUUGGCGGCAGCCUGAUCAAAGCGGUGCCCCUGGCAUCCUACUGCUAUCCAGACUGGCCGCAGUACGAUGCCGCCAAGUGCGCAAGCGUCACAGCUGACUGGCUCAGCUCGGACCUGCAUAUGGAAGAUCCUACCUCGGUGAUGUCGCCGCUAUACCAAGGCCGCUCGUGCCUGCCAUCACCGUUCAACUAUACUGCCAGCUGCACGCAGGGCGCAUAUCCGACGUAUGCAGUGAACGUAUCCACCGUGGCUCAGAUCCAGCUAGCGGUCAACUUUGCCCGUAACUUGAACUUGCGACUAGUGGUCAAGAAUACUGGACAUGAUUUCAAUGGCAAGUCCUCCGGCAAGGGUGCUCUCUCCAUUUGGACCCACCACCUCAAGGACAAGGAGUAUCUCCCGAACUUUAAGGCUGCCAAUGGCUAUGUUGGUCCGGCCAUUAAGUUUGGCUCCGGUAUCCAAGUCCAUGAGGCUUAUGAGUUUGCUAAGACCCUCGGCCACUCGGUUGUUGGCGGAGAAGCUGUCACUGUCGGUUUGGGCGGUGGCUACGUUGCUGGUGGUGGCCACUCUCCCCUUUCCAGUAUGUACGGUCUGGCGGCCGAUCAAGUUCUGGCUAUGCAAGUUGUUCUGGCAGAUGGAAGAUUUAUCACUGCCACCUCCACUGAGAACUCGGAAGUCUUCUGGAUGCUUCGCGGUGGUGGUGGUAGUACCAUUGGAGUCGUCACCUCUCUUACAGUCAAGGCCCUACCUCAGCUGCAGACGACUACUGUGACCUUCAAUUUCACAAUCAGCGACACUCCUGGUCCGGACGCUUUCUGGGCUGCUAUUCAGUCCUACCUCGACAAUUUUGAGACUUUUGUUGAUGCUGGCACCUACGGUUACUUCUAUAUCGGUGCUUCCGAUGCUUUGAUUGGUACGACGUAUGCCGGUGAUCCUGACUAUUAUUUCCGUAUGGAAUCCUUCGUCGCACCCAACAUGACUGUUGCCCAGACGGAGGCACUCCUGGCUCCAUGGUUUGAUACCCUCAAAAGCCUUAAUAUCUCCUUCACUCCGUGGUACAACCACGCGGAUAACUUCCAUGAUGCCUGGGCCGUGGCCUUCCCUCAGGAAUACGUUGGAACCGAUGUCGUGAAGACUGCCUCUCGCCUGCUCCCCCGCAGCGUUUUCCAGAGCGAUGAUCUCCGCAAUCAAACCUGGGCCGCCUACAAGGAUGCUAUCACCCAGGGUCUCUUCAUUGCCGGCUUCCACAUCAGCGGCACCGGCAUUGCCGCUGAGCCCCCCACAGACAAUGCCGUGCUCCCUGCAUGGCGCGAUGCCCUCUCACACGUUAUUGUCGGUUCCGAAUGGAACUUCACCUCCUCCUGGGAUGUGGUGGAGAGCUCAUCGCGCUUCGUGACUGAGUGGAUGGACGUUCUACGUGAAAUUGCCCCAGACUCAGGUGCCUACAUGAGCGAGGCCGAUCUUGUCGAGCCGAAUCUCCAGGAUGCCUUUUACGGUGUUAACUACCCUCGUCUCUAUGCGCUCAAGCAGAAGUAUGAUCCUACGGGUCUUUUCUUUGCCCUGACUGCCGUUGGUGCUGAGGACUGGGAGGUUCAGACUCUUGACCCGGUGCCUUACUCGUGGAACAACAAUGGGCGACUCUGCCCAAAGUCUUCUUGA